AGCUUCGCUCGGCACACGGGGAAACGUUCCGCCUUGUAUACUGCUGCUGCUGGCUGCUGGCUGCUGCUACUAGCUGCUGCUGCUGCUGCUGCUGCUGCUGCCGCUGCUGCCUGCCGACUGUCGACUGUCGACUGCUACUCUCAGUCUGCCGGGCGGCCUCGUGCGCGCUUGGUUUCCAUCUGACGAAUCUGCGCGCCACGAAACUACCCGCGCUCGUUCUCGAGACCCGGAACGGUCGAGCGGACCCGCGAUUACGAGCGAGGAUAUAAAAGAGAGUAAAAAAAAAAAAAAAAAAAAAAAGAAGCGAGGGAAACGAGCGAAACGACCUCGCAGCCGUCUCUUCGUUGUCUUCGUCCUCGUCGUCAUCGUCUUCUUCCUCUUCUACUUCUUCUUCUUCGGCCGUAGAUAAGAUCGUCCGUCGUCACUCGUUGGCGGACGAUCGACGGGGACGAUCGUGGUGAGUGAGGCAGGUCGUGAGGCGGGCCGGCUCGUGCUCGAGCCGAUCGUUCGCGAGCAAGAGGCCGGAAAGAUACGCGUUUCGCGCCUCUUAUCGUGUCCACGUGUCGCCGCGGACGUUUCGAGAUUAACCUUACCAACCGGUCACGAGGACUCUAAGAAGGAGUAAGAAAGAGAGGAAAAGGAGAGGAGAAGGAAGAAGAACGUAGGAGGAGAUGGUACACGCUGGAUGGUGCGUCGUUGUGACAUGUGUCAGACGAUCGAAAUGAGACGACUCGUAAUUCGGAAGCGGAAGACGCGUGCCCCUUGAAGGAAGAAAAAAGGAAAGAUAUAUAUAUAUAUGUAUAUACGUAUACAUGUAUAUACAUGUAUAUAUAUAUAUAUACACACGCAUACAUGUAUACGUACGGAGCUCGAGAAAGUACGCGAUUGGUGGUGCACACACGGUGACAGGACAGAAUAUUGUUGGGUGCUGCUCUAGGCUGGGGACCGUUUGCCGGAACGAAACGGAACGGAAACACGUCGCCUCUUCUACAGGUGUUUCGAAUCGAUUCCUCGGCUUCCACCGAACGCCCUUUUCCCCUCUCGGCCUCUCUCGGCGGCGUGCUUCACCUCGUGGAUGGUGUGACUGUUCAGUGAGUUUCCUUGGCCGGACACGUGAUCCGCAACACGGGCCCUGUUCGCUCCUCGUCGCCGCGUGUAGUUUCUCUCGCGUUCACCGCCCGUGAAGUUUCACCGGAGAAGGAAUUAAUCGCGUAUUACUCGAUAUUCGAUCGGGAUUUAUUCAUAAUAAUAAUAACUUGGAUAAUAAUAAAAUCGUCACCGAAAAACAAACUCGACGCAGUGGUCGCCCAUUUCCUCUCAUCGAAUCGUUGCUUCGAAUCAAUCGAGCGAGGGAAGGAAAUAUUUCGGAAAUAUACUCGUGUGUCGUCCUUGUGAAACUUUCUCGCGGGAAUGCGAGCCACAUUAAUCGCGUGGCAAUCGGGUGUGCGCCUCGUAGCCGCGUGACACCGAUUCCUCGGUGUUCGGAUUUUUCGGCCCUUCAUCGCGGCCAGAUGGGACGAUAAGACGCGGGAUAAGAUAAGAGAAACGGCACCGAGGAGGAAAUACUCUCUUCUUUUCUUUUCUUUUUUUUCCCUUCGAACUGUAACGCGUAUAAUCCAUCCAAUUGUUGGUGCACAGUAUCGUUAAUAUAUAUAUAUAUAUAUAUAUAUACAUAUACUUAGAGAGUGAAUAGAAGUGGAGAGGAAAGGGGGGGCGGAUCGUGGUUGGUAAAGGAUCGAACGUUUCGGUGUGUUAAAUGACGAGGUGGUCCAAGAGGUGGAGGUGGUGGCGGCCCGGUAAUACGUGGUAAAAUACGUUGGGGGCGAGAGAGAAGUUUCGGGGAAGACAGGGAAACAGGGUCGGCAGCGCACGGGGAAGAAGCGACAGCGGCGUGGCAGAUGAGAUGUGAAGCACGAGGACUGCGCGGCGUGGAGCUGGCGGGAGCGAAGGCGGAAGUUGAGAAGCCGAAGCUGCCGAAGGCGGUCGCAGGGGCGGCGGCAGCUCGAGGGGGCACCUGGCGGGGGCCGCCUGAGAUGACGACCCUGCGACGGGGUAUCGUGGCACCCCGGUACAACACUUACGUUCUGGUUUCGUUGAUCGGACUGUUGCUUCAGACCCAGUCUGCGACGGGCGGUAUAUGCUGGUCUUCCAUUAGCAACGGUCGUUGCAAGGAAUUAUUGUCACAAGGAGUGACAAAGGAAGAUUGUUGCGCGUCGAACGCUGCAGCAGCGACCGCGUACUCGGACGAAGAUCUCGAUAGCGGAAGUCUCUUUUUUUGGAGGGUGCUUGGUGGAGGUGUGCAGUGUCGUCCUUGCAGAGAAAGCUGCACGGAAGUAAGGUGUGAGGAGGGAAAGAAGUGCGUGGUGCGUAGGGGAAGACCGAGGUGCGUGUGCAGCCCUGAGUGCAAGGCACCAAGAGGUGGUGGUCCAGUCUGCGGGACGGACGGCAAAAGCUACAAAAAUUUGUGCAGACUGAAGAAACGCGCUUGCAAGAAAGGAAGCCACGAACUAGCGGUUGCCUAUAACGGCCACUGCCAAAGUUCGUGCGCACGGGUCCGGUGCGGCCAAGGCCGGAGCUGCCUGCUGGACCAGAACCUGAGCCCGCACUGCGUGAGGUGCGCCCGCAGGUGCCCCCAGCCGCCCCCGCAACAACGAGCCGCCGCACGCCCCGUUUGCGGGGCCGACGGAAACACAUACAAGAGUGCCUGCCACCUGCGACUUGCCGCCUGCCGCGCAGGUCGCGCCAUUCCCGUCGCCUAUAAGGGCCACUGCAAACAGAACGCAGACUGUACCACGAUUCGUUGUCGCGAGGGGCAGACGUGUCUGUCGGAGAUGAAGUCGGGCCGGCCACGUUGCGUGACCUGCACCUAUCGUUGUCCCCGGAAGCGGGAGCGCGUCCGGAACCGGACACACCGUGAUCGAGACCCAUCGGCGACCAUGUUGUGCGCCACCAACAAUAUCACCUAUCCAAGCUGGUGUCACAUCGUCAAGGACGCCUGCGUUACCGGCUUCGUCCUCGAGACGCGACACGCCGGCCCCUGCAACGCCUACGACACCUCUCCUCUCUAUAUCGAGGAGGACAACACCUCGAGCAACUAUGGCGUCGAUCUGGCGGACGAGGACGCGAGAUUCGAGGACACGGAAUCCCUAUCGUACAACGGCCAGACCCAUCGCUCUUUGGCGUUGUCUAACAUGAUGUAUUUAAGACUUAUCGUUACUUUUUGUAUUUUUCAUUUAAGUUAUACUUGGGAGAUAUCAGAAAAUUUUGCUAAGACAGGGCAUUCAAAUAAUUGGGCAGUUUUGGUCGAUACUUCACGAUUUUGGUUUAAUUAUCGUCAUGUAGCAAAUGUGUUGUCCAUUUAUAGAAGUGUUAAACGCUUAGGUAUACCAGAUUCACAAAUUAUUCUAAUGAUAGCAGAUGACAUGGCAUGCAAUCCGAGAAAUCCCAGGCCAGCUACAGUUUUCAAUAAUAUCAGACAACAUAUUAAUGUUUAUGGAGAUGAUGUAGAAGUAGAUUAUAGAGGAUAUGAAGUUACUGUAGAAAAUUUUGUGAGAUUAUUAACUGGGCGAUUAGCACCAGAGACACCAAGAUCCAAAAAACUAUUAACGGAUGAAGGAUCUAAUAUUUUAAUUUAUCUUACUGGUCAUGGUGGGAAUGGAUUCUUAAAAUUCCAAGAUUCUGAAGAAAUUACUAGUAAAGAACUCGCAGAUGCAUUAGAACAAAUGUGGCAGAAAAGAAGAUAUCAUGAAAUAUUAUUUAUUGUUGAUACUUGUCAAGCAAGUUCAAUGUAUGAGAAAUUUUAUUCUCCAAACAUUCUUGCAGUUGCAUCUAGCCUAGUAGGCGAAGAUUCACUUUCUCAUCAUUUGGAUCCUGCCAUUGGCGUUUACAUUAUAGAUAGAUAUACAUAUUAUGCAUUGGACUUUUUAGAAAAAGUAGAACCAUCUAGUUCCAAAACAUUAGGAGAAUUUCUCAAAGUAUGUCCUAAGCAUUAUUGCUUAUCAACAGUAGGAGUAAGAAAAGAUUUAUUUAGAAGGGAUCCUAAUAAAGUACCGGUCACAGAUUUUUUUGGAUCAUUGAGGCCUGUAGAGUUAACUACGAAUAUAAUGACUGUUUUGCCCGUGAAAGUAAAUAAAACAAAAACAAUCGAACCGGAAAGGAAAUAUUCUUAUGUUCCACAAUUUCCAGAUGUAUCAAAGUUUACGUGGCAGAUGCGUUUCUGUGGUAUCUACUUGAUAGUUAUUUUUACUCUCUGCACACCGUCCUCGUCGUUCAAGCUAAAACCGAAUUAUAUCGAAGUGUACGACAUUGACGACAAUACCUUAAAGCAAUUACCUCCUCAAGAUCCUGCAUUUCAUUCUUUUCCAACGAUACCUACUGUUCCACUUAUCCCUACAUGUAUGGAAAAAGGAUAUUUCAGGGAUCCUUUCAACUGCAAAAAAUUUUACUAUUGUCGAUACGUGAACGCUGUUCCAAAAGGUUUUUACUGUCAAAAUGAUUUGAUAUUUAACACGAUUACCGAUCAGUGUGAUAAACCUAGCUUUGUAGAUUGUUGAUUAAUAUUGUAUUCGUUAGAAAAAUUUGUAGUACAAAUAUUUUUGACUGUAUGAUUUUAUUUAUUAAUUCUCAUGUAUGUAUUAUUUAAGAA